GGGUUGACUAAUUAUAGCCUCCACUAACAAAAGAGAAAGAGGGAGCACAACAAUGGGGAGGGGGUGCAGUUAAAUAGAGGGACACCAAAUUGUUCCUCAUCUCUGAUCUGGCCAUCUUGCCUCUGCUGUUGCUGCUGCCGCCAUCUCUCUCCUUCCUGCUUCUGACAACGUGAAAUCUCAUCAGCAGGAUGCCUGAGCAUGUGCAAGAGAGGAAGCCAAAGAUCUCAGCUUCGAGGAAGCUGAUGCUCAAGAGUCUGAUGGUGGCAAAGGCCAAGGAGGAAUUGGAACAGGAGGUUGUGGUUAAAGAGGAGGAGAAACAGAACUAUCUGUCAGAGAGAGCUCCUCCUCUAAACACCAGCAGCAUGAGUCUUGCACAACUACAGGACCUCUGCAGAGAGCUUCAUGCCAAGAUAGAUGUGGUGGAUGAGGAGCGAUACGACAUUGAAGCCAAAGUCAUGCUCAACACACGUGAGAUUAAAGACCUUAACAUCAAGGUGUUGGACCUCAGAGGGAAAUUCAAGAGACCAAGUCUUCGUCGUGUUCGUGUGUCUGCUGAUGCCAUCCUUCGCUCACUUCUGGGCUCAAAGCACAAGGUCUCCAUGGACCUCCGAGCCAACCUCAAGUCUGUCAAGAAAGAGGAUACUGAGAAGAAGAGGCCAGUCGAGGACAGUGACUGGAGGAAGAAUGUGGAGGCCAUGUCAGGGAUGGAGGGAAGGAAGAAGAUGUUUGAUGCUGCUAAGGGUCCUGCCCAGUGAACCCAGAGGGGGAUGGGCUGGUGUCAUGUGAUCAUCACUCCUCCUGCAUCUGAGUCGGUUUUGUUUUCUAACAGUCUGUUACAGCUUCUGGAUUUCUGCCAUUUUUGUGUAAGCCCUGCCAUGUCUCUACACUCCUGAAAUUUUCUCCACUUUUCUUAAGAAGUGAUCAGUUUGCUGUUCAUUGAUAUGGUGCUAUUAAUUGUAUUGUUCACAUAACUGAUAUUGCACCUAAACCCCAGAUUUGUAGUUUUUGUAAAGCAAAUUCAAAAAAUGCGGCUUGUGUUUCUAGAAGACAAUGGUGGAUAGUAUUGUAAUCAGCAGGCCAAAUGAUGUUAUAGCCAAUAUUAACAUGGCCCGGCCAACUUAAACUGCAUAUUCUUGCUAAGUGAUAAAAUGUCCAAAAGCAU